AUGUCGAGACGAAAUUCGGCAAACAAAUUGAAUGAUAAGAAUCGAGAUGCAAAUGCCCAUGUCCCGCCACACGAAAAAUUGGUAUAUAAUCGAUUUGCCGGUGGGUCAAGGAAUAUUUAUCCCGAAACAACAAAUAGCUACAUGAAACCGCUAGAUAAUAAUUCAAGGUCCUUUGCUAGCAAUAACAAUAAUAAUAAUAAUAAUGUUGGGCAUAGUUUCAAUAACAACUAUGGAUCUGGGCCAAGACGUGCGCCAUCUACUAAUCUGAAAGCCAUGAGUACCAUUAGGGAGAAUGACUACUCAAACCAUUAUAUUCAUAGCAAACGUCCCCCUAUCAAGCAUGUUAGAAAUAUACAGAAUCCAAUGGAAGGGUAUCCUAAGUUACAAAAACUACACCAAUUGAAGAAGAAUCAGAUUCUGCAACAUGCGGUCAAGCCAUAUGGUUGUAAAAUCACAUCAGAAUUAAUAAUUCCGACUUUGAAAUCAUGGAUAAAUGACUAUGAAUUGCAGUUUGAUGUUAUUAUGAUUGGAGCAUUGGUCGAAAAUCAAUUUAUUCAGCCGUUGCUUUAUCAACUACCACUUUACAAAUUGUGUGCUAAACCGGGAUUUUUGUUUAUUUGGGCAACGACGCAAAAAAUCCAAGAAUUGACAAAAUUUCUUAAUUCUGACGUUUGUAAUAAAAAAUUCAGAAGAUCAGAAGAACUAGUAUUCGUCUUGGUUGAUAAGAACUCUCCAUAUUACCCAAAUGAUUCUACAGAUUGCAAACCAUUAUUCACUAAGCAUCAGUGGCAUUGCUGGAUGUGUAUCACUGGAACAGUACGCAGAUCAACAGAUAACCACUUGAUUCACUGCAACGUCGACACAGACUUACAAAUCGAGAAUAACGAAACGAAUAACAGCAUUAACGCCGUACCUGAUUCAAUCUAUAAGGUAGCUGAAAAUUUCUCCAAUUCGAACAGAAGAUUACAUAUAAUUCCAUCGAGAAUUGGCUACAAUUUACCUAUCAAAUUGAGGCCCGGUUGGGUAAUAAUGAGUCCUGACGUAUUAAUUAAUAACUUUGACCCAUCGACCUACGAGCGUGACAUGUAUACCAAAUCGAUGAUUAGGUAUAAAACAGUCAACAAUACCCAGAAACCCCAAUUCUUGAUAUCUCAGACCAACGAAAUCGAAGAACUCAGACCCAAAUCUCCAAUCAAUGUCAAGUCUUGA